GACGAGGCACCUCGUUCCCUGCGAUUGAUUGACUGACUUUAUUCCGCCCUAUUUAACCGCCGGUGUGGCAGGCCAGCUGGACCCCAGAUUGCGAAUACCACUGGCUACAUGCAGAUUGCGUUUUCACCAUAAUUCGCCACAUCUCGAAAUUGGAAACAAGCUAUAUUCCAUUUCCCGCUCGACCACCUCAUCAUGUCUGAACAUCCCUCCAAGAGCACUGGCCGCCGGCCUUCAAUGACCAAGCCUGUGCCGCCACCAGCCCCAAGAAAGGCGCAAGCCACGGCCAAGAAGUCGCAAGCCGGGGCGCAUAAACCACACGCCUCAGGAAACAAGGCGCAUACGACCGCAAUACAGAAGCCUCAGGCGGCUUCAACCACGGUUGCGGUCGAGCUCGAGGCUCCAGAGCAGGAGUCUCAAGCCUUGGCGGCCACCAAUGACAAGCCGGAAACUACAUCUAUCGAUUCUCUGGCUGUUGAUAUCGCUUCUCUGACUCUCGAUACUCCCAUCAUCGAACUCCGAAAGAAACCACCGCGCGUCCCGGCAACGCCGUUUCACUUUCUUUCUCUGCCCUCGGAACUGCGCGUCAAGAUUUACGAAUACUACUUUGAAGAAAACGAAGACGUCCUAGACUUAUCUCCAGAAAACUACAAGCGCUACCACAAGAGGCUCGGCCUCAUGCGCGUCUGCAGGCUACUCCGCGACGAAGCAACCUACUUCUUCUACGGCACCCGAACCUUUCGCAUCUUCCCGACAUAUCCCGGCAAAUACUUUAAGAGCAAGCGACCGCUCCUCGCCCGUCUCAAACCCCGCCAACGCGAAUGCCUCACCUCUUUGGAAUUGCGCCUCGGUCCGGGGUGGAAUGCGCCACCUAAAGGGUGGGCUGUCAACGAUGCGCUGGGGCUAAAGGACUGCGUCAAUGUGCACAAGCUCAAGGUCCUUGUGGAAUGCGACCCCAGCGACAAUAUCUUCAAAGGCUUCCGUCGCUCGGAGGGCUUUUACGAGAAAUUCAGCCGCCAACUACUUGCCAGCGUCCUUGAGGCGCUGCCCGCGGUAAAUGCCGUCGAGUUCGACGCCUGGUCUAGCGUCAAGAAAUCGGGCGCCAUGAUGACUGGCCUUUUCAAGGUAGUGACCGAACAGGAGGGCUUGUCGAUCCAAUGGGGGCCAGAUCGCGGCUGGACUGAUGCAGACGACGAAGAAGAACCGGUGGCGACGGUUGGACCAGAUCCCAAUAGGCCAAUCGAGACCGUUCCGAUCCAAGGGUUCGGAAACGCACACAACAUAGGUUUAAUGGUUGUGGCGUAAUGGCAUGGGGCAAAUGGGUAUUGAGAUUCUGUUUGGAACUUGUUGGAAUGAUUAUUAUGAUGGAUGCAACCUAUUAUAUGAACAGGCGCUUUGUUUGAACCUUUUAUUACUCCCUUUAUACUCACCUUUAACUUCUCAAGGCGUCUGUCUUUUUGUUUACGGCGUCAAAGACUCCCGAUGAGGGUGUG